CUCCUCUUCCUUUCAGCGGUGAGUGCAGAUUUUCCUGCAGUGCGGAGCUGCCGCUGCUGACUGAAUGCAGGGGACACACUGAAAGCUGUUCUCCAGACCUCCCUGCUGCUUAAGGGGAGACUGCCAGAUGUGUACCCAGCACUCAAAACCCCUGGCCUGGCCGUGGGGAUGGCAGCCUCUGCCCUGAACCUGAACGGCCUUGGAGUCAUGAACAGCAGUAAUCAGUUUCACACCCAGCCAGGUUCCUCCAGUACCACCUCAGGAGCUAGAACCAGUCCAGUCGGUCGACCUGUGCUGCCGGUUCCAGAGCGGAGCACCUACUGUCAGUUACUGGGUGGGGGAGCGCUUGGUGGAGGUGUCUACAGCCCAACCAGCCCUCAGACGAGCCCUCGAAACCUGGGUCGAACCUUUGUCUUCCCCCCUUCAUCCUCGCUCUCCCCCAGCCACACCCCUCGUGCUCGCUCCCCUUCCCCGCGAAGCCCAGAGCUCCUGGGAGUCAAUGUGGGCCAGCGAGUCCGACGACUGAGCUCACCCGGCGGUGAGGAGAGAGAGGAAGGCGAAAGGCAGGAGGAUUGGGGAGGAGAGACAGCAGGAGGAGAGAGGCGAGAGGAGAGGAGACGCCAGGCACAGCUGCUGCAGAUACACAGAGAGCUGCAGAACGUUGAGGUCAGGGGAAAAGUGGGCAUUUUCGAGGCCCAUAUUUCUGGAAUUCGUGCCCAGGUGUUUAACAGCGAGCUCCAGCGCAGCCCUCGGUCUCCAAGACGAACCCUUGAAUGCUCAGUGACCCACCCACAGGAGAGUAAAGUUUUUCCUGUUGUUCAAAAUGGAAGAGAAAGGGAGGGAGAAACUAUGGAAGGAGAAAUGAGAGAAGGAGGGAAUGAAGGUGAGAAGGACAGCAGUGCUACUAAAACGAACACUGAGAACAAGACACUGAUUGAUCAAAAUGGCCGGCAUUUAGAAUCAACAAUGCAAACUCCCUGUUUAGAUGGACCGUUUGCUGUUCAGGACUCCCUUGAGACAUUAAAUCCAAAUGCAACAACAGACAGAGAGAUAAAAGAGGGUGAAAGACUGCGGAAAAAGGAGGGAGAAAAAGAUGCAUGGGAGGUAGAAAAUGAAAAAAUGCUGCGAGACGAAAGUCAACGGACAGAGAGCAAAGUGACAGAUGAGAAAGAGGGCCGGUUGUGUCUUGAGACACUGCGCCAGACAGAGGCAAAAAGAUUGGAGGUUAACCCUGAAACCACUGCUUUUCCUCGGGCACAGAGUAGUGAGAGCUCCCCUUGUUUGCUGGACAUCACAGAUCACGGCUCGAACCACUCUCCCUCCAUACCUGCAGUCAUAAUAACAGACCAUGGUUUGGAAAGUCAACCUCAAACUUCUGAAGGCCCCCGCUCAGACCAGGGACUAUGCAGCUCCCCUAGUCCCAGUUCCAGCCCUGUCCCUGGGCCGAACUCUUCAAACCGCUCCCUCAGGAAGCUGUCGUCCUCCUCUGCCUCCUCGGCUGGUUUCUCCUCCUCUUGGGAAGAGUCGGAGGAGGAUGUUUCCAGUGAUACAGAGAAAGGAGAGCAGCUUCUCAACCCUGCACUCCUCAGUUCCAAACAGAAAGCGCACAAGUCUUGGAAGAAGAUUAAGAACAUGGUCCACUGGUCACCGUUCGUCAUGUCCUUCAAGAAGAAAUAUCCCUGGAUACAACUGGCUGGGCACGCAGGGAGCUUUAAGGCCGGAGCCAACGGCCGUAUACUAAAAAAACACUGUGAUUGCGAGCAGCGCUGCUUGUCCCUCCUGAUGAGGGACGUGCUGCGCCCAUAUGUCCCCGGUUACCAUGGAGACGUAGAGAAGGACGGCCAGAAAUACAACCAGAUGGAGGAUCUGCUGGCUGAGUUUGACUUCCCGUGUGUGAUGGACUGUAAAAUGGGAGUAAGGACCUACCUUGAGGAAGAGUUGACCAAGGCUCGUAAGAAGCCCUCCCCGAGGCCCGACAUGUAUCAGAAAAUGAUCGAGGUUGAUCCUGAGGCGCCCACACCAGAGGAAAACAACCAGAAGGUGGUAACCAAACCCAGAUACAUGCAGUGGAGGGAGACCAUAAGCUCAACAGCCACCCUGGGAUUUAGGAUAGAGGGAGUCAAGAAGGAGGACGGGACAGUGAACAGAGAUUUUAAGAAAACAAAGACAAGAGACCAAGUUAUUUCAGCCUUCCAUGACUUUGUCAGAGGAAAUAAGGACAUACUGAGGAGUUAUCUAAGCAGGCUGGAGGAAAUCAGAGACACUCUGGAGAUCUCCCCGUUCUUCAAAACCCACGAGGUGAUUGGCAGCUCCUUGUUAUUUGUUCACGACAGUAAGGGACGGGCCAAAGUCUGGAUGAUAGACUUUGGGAAAACUACUCCUCUUCCUGACGGGGAGGAACUAACCCACCGAGCACAAUGGCUAGAGGGCAACAGAGAAGAUGGCUACCUUUGUGGACUUGAUAGUUUGGUGGACAUCAUUUCAUCCAUGGUGGACUCUGAGACUUGAAGUCUGAUGGUUUUUUUUAUCCAAGUGAACAUUUGGACACACAAAACCUACUUCCAUUCAUUCUUUCUUUCUCCGGGGAACACUUUGGACUUCCUCAAAGAUUCCUUCACAAACAUUUGUCCCAUAACAAUACGUGGUCAAAUCCAUGAUGUUCCAUUUCUGUUCAUGUCCAGGAGAUUUCAGGAUCUUGCUCUUCCGCAUCCAUGGCCCUUUUAAUGUGAUCCUUGUACCCUCAAGGGCCGUCCGUAAAAAGCCUUUUUCACAGCAGACAUGUUAACUUCUCAUAGCAGGAAAAGCACAGAUGGAACUAAUGACAUUAAAGAUGUCUCAGAUCCGUUAAGUGUCCCAGUAAUACGGCAUUCAGACCAAACGCAAAUUUUCUCCUCGCGACGCUUUCCUCGCGUGAGUACAUUCGCUGCAAGUGUUCACACACAACGCGAGAUGGCAAUUUUAACAUGAUAAUGUGAAUAAACACAACUUGCCAUUACUACAGCUGUAUGAACCCAAAGUAAACAUUUUGCUGUGAUUAAAUAGCAAUAAACGGAUUAAACUGAUGCUGAAAUAACUACAACAUGAUGCAGAUUUGUUAAACAUAUGAAUUCAUGCUUUGUCAGGUCUGGCAGCAAGACAACAACUUCUAAAUUUGUUUGGCUCGAUUAGGGCUAUUCUAUGCUAACUUGGUCACGGUAAUGUCCAGUUUUGUCUGGUUUUUAUAUAAAUAGAAGUCAUAGUCCGACAGAGGUAACGACGCUAACAACAACCCUGGAACCAGAUGUGCACGGAACCUAGCUGCUGAGAAUCUCCAGUGAAGAUAAAUCAACGUUGAAAUCCCAAAAACUAAAGUAAAAAGAUAAUUUAAUAAAAGCAGUUUACUCCGAGCUCCUCCCGCAAGUAAACGGCGUUGUUGUCAGAGCAGAAUCCGACCGACAACGGGUGUUUAUUUGUCCAGUGGUUGCAGCGAUGCUCCCUACUCCUCUCCCCCAAGUUUAGCAGCUCUCAGCCGGCCAGCAAAUUUUCAAUCCCCCGCUCUGCCCGGCCCUCUCCACACAUCGCUCUGAAGCCGUCGGUGACAUACGCACAAUAUCAACACUGAUAGGCUAUCGUGACUCAGUGUCAUGCAACUUUCCUUCGCAUUGCCUUCACGUCGCCGGCCCCACCCCCUUUGCGUCGCUUCGCGCCGCCCAACAGGAAAUCACGGCUCUACGCGUCUUUGCAUUGACUUUGUAUGUAAACUCACCGCCCCAAACGCUCGCUUCCAUUCCUGUGAGCCAGCAUACACAAGUCUUAAUAAUGUUAUUCGUUACACCUGUUUUUCCUGCUAUGACAUGUUGAAAUGUCUGCUGUGAAGAAAAGGUCUAUUUUUACAUGCAUUAAACCUGCAAGACAACCUUUUUUUUUUAUCACAGGAAGUCUCCAAUUAAAAGCAAAAAAUCUAGAUUGCCUAAUCCAAAUUGAAGGGUAAGAGUGGUGAUGUUCUAUAUUUAUGUUAUUUUAAACAAAUUCCAUGAAAAGACCAAAACAAUAAUGUGUUAGUCCAUCUUUUAAUUUUGGCCUCAGUGGCGUUCAGCCCCAAGCCCAUUUCUUUUCUGCUGAAGACAUAAAUCUUUAAAAACAGAUCACAGAUAUCAAGUUUAAUUUUUUAAGAAUGGCAAAUCAUUACAUAAAUAAAACACUGAAUUUUUUAGCAAACAUUACUUGACCAGGAGGAAAUUGUGCAUUUGUUGGGGACUAUUUUCAGAGGUGGAUUAAUAAACAUUUGAAGCUCUAAUGAGUAUUUGGCAUUAAUUUCUGUAAAAACAACAGCGGCCAUGUUCAUUGUAAUGAAUGAAUAUGUCACGCUGUGCAACAGGGUGGCUCACUGAUGUGUUUUUGAUUUAAAACCACUGUGUGUGAAAUUUGAAAACAUCUGACUUUGGAGCUCCCUGGUGGUAGUAUUAAAAAAACACCAACCUUUUCUAUAAACCAAUGCGUAUAUAGCGAAAGCCUAAUUUGAAAUCAGUUCACAACUCACAUAUUUUUAUUAAUUUGGGUACACACGGCGCUCAUGACAAAAGCUCUACUCCUUUGUAUAUUUGAAUGAUUCCAACUUAACUUAGAUGUAUCUCUAUUCAGUCACAGUUUAAUUGGAUUUCUUCCUCAGCAUAUCUGAACCCAAUUAUGUGGGAUUUUUCUGUCAGUGUUUGACCACAACUUUAGCACAUUGCCCAUUUCUUUUAAAAAAACAAUCUACAGCACUUAAAUGUGUUUCCACUGUUAGAUCUUGUACAGUUUAGUGAGUUUAUUACUUGUGAAGACUUUAGGGAGUAUUUUACUAAACUAGUCUUUUAGCUAUUUUUCACAUCUGUUUAACCAGUCACAAUCAGAUAAUGUAAGUUGGUUAGUGAGGUUUUCAGUGGCAGCCAUGUUUGCUCCACAAUAAUCUGGCAAUAACUGGCACUUAUGUGGAGCUAAAUAAUACAUCUCACAGCAGUUUCAGUAUGUUAUGGAGGGCAUUGUUUCAUAUGUAACAUAUUUGCAGCCAGCAUGGCAUCCGUAGUACUUCCUCGGCCAAACACUUAUCACCCUUCUCACAUUUUGUUGGGAUUGUUCACAAUGUACAGUAAGAUUUUAUUAUGUUUGAUGUAAUUUUUGUAACAUUAUAUUAGCGUACUCAAAUCCUGUGGAACACUUACAGCCAUGAACAAUCUUAUUUAAGCUAUACAGUGCCUUGACAUUACAAAGCCAAGUCAGACAACUGAAAAUAUGUUCUUACUUUUAAACGUUAUGAUGGAAUUUUCUUAACUGUCAGUUUCUGUGCUUAGUCUUACAUGGGUGCAUGUUUAUUAUCCUCUUAAAGUUUGGGAUUUGUUUGUAUUACAUUCUGUUUUUAUUUAUAACAUAUUAUGUUUUUUGUUUUAGUUAGUGGGAUACUGUGACAUUUUGAAUUUUGGGCUGUUAUGUUAGUUUGUCUUCAAGCACGUGUUACAGUGUGAGUGAAAGUCAAGGUUGGUGACAUUGUGGACAUUCAAACAUUUGGAUAUGACGAUAGAAAAGACUUAUGAUGUUCAGACAAUGAUACCCCUUUAUUUUAAUGGGGAAACAAAACAGUUACUUUAGAAAUUGGUUGGGCAGAUAAGGGAGAAAUAAAUGUCUCAUAAUGUAACAGGUUCUUGAUGAACAAUAAAAACUAAACAGUAUGUAGGAUCCACUCUACCAAAUAUUUCAGUUGAUAUUUGCGGUGACAUUAGAUGGAGAAAAAGAUUGAUUGUAAUUCCAUGCAGUGCCUUCUUAAAAAAAAAAAAGUAGUAUGACAUUUUGGGAAAUGCGCUUAUUAGCUUUUUAGCCGAGAGUUCAUAAAAAGAUGAGAAGUUCAAUACCACCGUCAUGUCUGAACGCUAAAUGAAGCAUCCGCCAGCAGCUGGUUAGCUUAGCUUAGCAUAAAGACUGGAAAGGGGAGUGAUCAAGUGUCAUGAUUAAACAAACAAAAUAUAACGUGUUAAUUAGUGAGCAUUAAGUAGCAUUACGCAGAGACUGGCGCCGCGGUUUCCCCCCUAAUUCCAGUCUUCAUCCUAAACUAAGCUAACCGGCCGUUGGCUGUAUCGUAAUUUUUAACUUUCAAAAAGACACAGGAUAGGCGUAUUUCCCAAAAUGUCAAACUAUUUCAUUAAGACCAACCAUCUUAGCUAUUGCUUAUGCUCCCAAUGUGCACUUACGGUUGGUUGUUUGUUAGUAGGUAUCAUACUGUUCUGGUUUUGCCGGCUUGUGUAUUUAUUUGGAUUGUUCCCUUAAAAAAAGUGUAUUAGGUGAACAACAAA